CUCUCCCUGUCUGUUUCCUCUCUCUGUCUCCCUGUCGGUGGCUGGACAAGCUCCUCUCCUCUGUGUCCUGCUCUCCACCUGGCCUCCAUGAGUUUAACUGAGGACAAGCCAUUCCUCCCUGGAAGAUGGGAAAUGCUUCAGACACAUCUGCUGUGUUUGCCUCCACCAUCUCCAAGGAGUACGACAUCCUUAUGGGUUCACUCUACAGUGCCUUUUGCAUACUGUCCCUCCUGGGAAACAGCAUUCUGCUACUUGUUGCAUAUCACAAGUGGUCGACCUUGAAGCCAGCUGAGUACUUCAUCAUCAAUCUCUCCAUCAGUGACCUUGGGAUGACGCUCUCUUUAUUCCCUCUGGCAAUACCAUCAGCUUUUACACACAGGUGGCUGUUUGGAGAAAUCACCUGUCAGCUCUAUGCUAUGUGUGGAGUACUGUUUGGUCUAUGCAGCUUGACCAACCUCACAGCCCUCUCCUUAGUGUGCUGCCUUAAAGUUUGCUUCCCUACCUAUGGUAACAAGUUCUCCCCGUCACACGCCCGCCUCCUGGUCGCUGGAGUGUGGUGUUACGCGUCUGUGUUUGCUGUAGGGCCCUUGGCACAGUGGGGACAUUACAGCCCUGAACCUUACGGCACAGCCUGCUGCAUUGACUGGCAUGCACCCAACCACGAGCUUUCAGCUUUGUCUUACAUUGUCUGCCUUUUCGUCUUUUGCUAUGCACUGCCCUGCACCAUCAUCUUCCUCUCCUACACUUUCAUUCUGCUGACAGUGCGGGGGUCACGGCAGGCCGUCCAGCAGCAUGUGUCACCACAGACCAAGACCACCAAUGCACACUCUCUCAUUGUCAAGCUGUCAGUCGCAGUAUGUAUAGGCUUCCUGGGUGCCUGGACUCCAUACGCUGUCGUGGCCAUGUGGGCUGCUUUCGGAGACGCCACAGAGGUUCCACCUGAUGCAUUCGCCCUUGCCGCCAUGUUUGCAAAGUCUUCAACUAUCUACAACCCCAUGGUCUACCUGCUGUGUAAGCCCAACUUUCGCGAGUGCCUCUACAGAGACACGACUUUGUUACGGCAGAGGAUCUACAGGGGAAGUCCACAGUCGGAGCUGAAAGAACGUUUCGCAUCGACCUCGCAGCGCAACAAGGACAUGAGCAUCUCCACAAAUGGACAGCUGGAGAGUUAUGGGGCGUGUCUUCACUGCACUGAGACUGCAGCGGCGUGUCAUGUGACAACACCCCAAAGGACUGCCUGUAUCCUGACUGGAUCCACCUACAGAGAGGUGACAGUUAGCCAGCUCUCUGCCAAACCACAGGCUGAUUUCCUCUAG